GGGCGGGGUUUAUCGCUUUUUGAGCAUUAUCCCAAUCGUUGUUUGAAGAAUUGCAAUAAUUCUUGUAAAAGCAAAAAAUAAACAGUGGAACUGUAUUGGAUCGAUAACACAAACACAGUUGACUUUAUAUUUCCAGGCGGUUGCCUGCAUUACGCGAGAAGAAAGCAACAAUCGUGCAGAUCGCAGAGAGAGUUUGACUGACUGGUCGUCCAUCCAGUGAGCAUGGAGGGAGGAGAGGACCAGACCAAUUCCAGUUCAGCCAAUAACAACGCUGCACCAGGAGGAAACUCCCGCCCCUCUCAGAUAGCUCAAAUGUCUCUGUAUGAAAGGCAAGCUGUGCAGGCGCUGCAGGCACUACAGAGGCAGCCCAAUGCAGCUCAGUACUUUCAGCAGCUCAUGCUACAACAGCAGAUCAACAGCGCUCAACUCCACAACCUGGCUGCUGUGCAACAGGCAACUCUUGCGGCCAGUCGUCAGUCUAGCUCUCCCAGUAACAGUGUCUCUCAGGCCACAAGCUCAGCACAAUGCACGGUCAACUUAAGUACCACCUCUGGGGGAGGUACCAUGACAAACCCUCGUCCAAUGGGACCUGCCACCUCUGCAACAACAUCAGCCCUUAGCCAAUCAGUGUUGCUGGGUGGAAACUCAGGUGGACAGGGUCAGAUGUACCUGAGAGUAAACCGCUCUCUCAGGGCACCUCUCACCCCUCAGCUCAUUUUCAUGCCUGGUGGUACAGCAACAGCUGCUGUGGCAACGGUUGCCCAACAGCAGCCCCAGCAGCAACCUCAGCCACAGCAACAGGAAACAACUCCCACAUCCUCAAGUAACCAGUCAGAUAGUGAUCAGGUACAGAACUUGGCAAUGCGUUGCAUAUCCUCUCCAAGGGUGGCUGCAGUGAAGACCGAGCUUGUUGACAGAAAGGAGACGGGCGGUUCAUUCCCAAUUAACCAGCAGACUCAGGCACAACAGCAAUUUGGACAGUCAGCCCAGCAGAUCCAACCCCAGACUCAACAGCUCCCCAAUACUAAACUACAAAACUACAAUAACACCAACCCCAGCAUGUCUGCCCUUAACGUGAAAGUCACUAACCAAUCCACUGUCACAACACAGCAAACUGGAGCCUCCUCCAACCCUCCUCCUUCCUCACCCUCCUCCUCUCUCCCUCUCUCCCAGCUCCUCCUCUCUCAGUCUGGCUUGUGCCAGGCUCGAGGAGUACAAGCAACUGCAGCCACAGUUACCCAUAUUUUGGUGCCCACCUCUAAUGUUCCCACUUCUCAAGGGUAUCCGAUGGGCACAGUGGCAACCAAAUCCAACAUGAAUGCCCAGACUUUAGUGGUACAGCCUCUCCAGCAGACAGGAGCAAAUUUGAGCACAGAGAAACUGGGUCAUGCAACGGGGCAUGUGCCCAUCCAACCUAAAAUGGCACAGGGCCAUCGGCUGCCAGUGCAGAUGCCCCCUCGCCACCCACCUCCUAUUCUACCAGCACCACCCAACAACUGCCAGUGCACGGGGGGUCAUCACCCUCCCCAUGUCCCAGUUCAGCUGGUUGGGGCAAGGCAGAGCACAAUAGGAAACUCCCAGGUUUUAGCAUUGGCCCACACCCGGACCUGUUGCACCCAGCAGGACACCACAGCUGCUGUGGCCGUCAAUACCUCCAGUAACAAUGUAGUGACCAUGGUGACUGCAAUGGAAACGGUUGGAGCUGGCAUGUGCCUUAAAACAGCCCCAAGUGCCCUGCCGGUGUCUCAGAUGCAGACCAAUCAGAGCACAGGAUUAAAUCAGAUUAAUCCUGCUGCAGUCACACACUCAUUGGAUGGACAAAAUAACUCUGGAGCACCUUUAAGUGGAGAGGUGUUCGUUCAGUCUGGAACUCAGAUAAAGCCUGUGAUUGGUCCCUUAAAAAGAAAAUCGGAAUCUGAUGCAACUCUUGAGAUUUCGGCAGAGACCAUCAAUGCAAUUCCAUCACUGCAAGACUCCGCCCCUCCCCUCUCACCAGCUCCCUCACUAGACACAGUCCCAGAGAUGGCAUUCUCCUCUCCUCCUACUCUCUCUCUUUCUCUCCCUCUUCCUCUCCCUCGUGGAGGAGGACAAGGUGAUCGAGCGCCAGUCCCACAGGCUGUGGUCAAACCUCAAGUUCUCACUCACCUCAUUGAAGGCUUUGUUAUCCAGGAGGGAGCUGAACCUUUCCCUGUGACUGGUCCAGUGAAAGAGCGAGCAGAGGGCAUUCUUCCUGUGGCUGUUCCACCCAUCCUAAAACCAGCGCACAACAACCCUAACAAGUUAAAGUGUGAAUACUGUCUAAGAUUAGCACCAGCCACCCAGUUCAGACGAUCCAAACGCUUCUGUUCCAAAACCUGUGCCAAGAGGUACAAUGUCAGCUGCAGUCACCACUACCGCAUUAGUAGGGGUCUUGAUAGUGGAGAACGACCACCAGGGGGUCCUGAGGUGCAGGAUGUUAUUGCUAGACGCAGGGGUCCUCGCAGGAGCAGCUCUGAGAUCGCCUGUGCUAAAAUAGCAGGCAGGCAUCUGCCUGUAAAGUGUCGCUCUGAGUCCAGUCGUUCUGAGGACAUCUCUAGCUGUGAGGGUGAGGAAGAGGAAGACUUCUUGUCACUCUCGCCCAGCUCGUCCUUCUCAUGCUCAAGACCAGCUCACUGUGGGCCUCAGUUGGAUGAUACUGCACCAGGUGCCCUCCAAGUGGAUGGGAACCACUUCCUGUCUGGCAACCCGGCUCACUGGAGUGUGGAGGAAGUGUGUCAGUUUAUUUCUUCUCUCCAAGGUUGUGAGGACCUGGCAGGCCAGUUCCUGUCUCAGGAGAUUGAUGGGCAAGCGCUGCUGCUACUGAAGGAAGAGCACCUCAUGUCCACCAUGAACAUCAAACUUGGCCCUGCCCUCAAAAUCUGUGCAUCUAUCAACAGCCUGAGGGACUGAACAAGGGAAGAGGACAGAAGAAUAGAAGGAUUAGAGCUUUAUACUUCCAUCACCAGCCUGAGAACUGAAGGAAAAGAAAUAAAUGGGAAUGAAAGGACAGACUAGAUGGCUGACCUAGGAGAUUAAUCAAAGCUAGGGGCGGAAGGGCAAGAGUAAGUUCUAAAUUGAUGUUAGCCAGAGAGACUGAAGGGAGAAACAAGUAAUGCCUUAUUUAAAAUCUAGAUGAUUCAUAAAUCAUUCACUUUAGUAUUCUUUAGAUUUGACUUAAUAGUCUUACUUUGAAUCAUAAUGUUGAACGUUGCUAGAUUGCAGUUGGCUAGUUCUUACUUAAAUUCAUCCUGUUUUCAAACACAUUAUCUGGGGCUGCAAGAAAGAUCCUAAAGCGGAGCAUAAAGGAGGAGGAAAAAAAUAAACUUUAAAAUGCUAAUUUGAUCAGGAUGUGGUUAAUAUAAACACAAUACGACAUUCCUGGAGUUUGAAUGUGCUACUUAUUUUAUAUUUGUAACAUGGAGGAACAUGUUUUAAUGAAUAUGUGAGGGAAUCACUGCAAGAUUUGAAAAGGUGACAUCAGGUUAAAGGGAUAAUUCAUCAAAAAUGAAAAUUCUCUCAUUUACCCACCUUCAUGCCAUCCCAGAUAUACAUGGCUUUCUUUCUUCUGCAGAACACAAAUGAAGAUUUUUAAAGGA